AAGGUGUUUGACGCAUGCGCAUCAAGCAAAAAAUAAACAAAAUUUCUUUUGUUUACAAAAUAAUAUAUUAUUUGUCGCAUAUUUUUCUAAUAUUUCGGACCCUGUCUUUUAACCUAUAAGGCAUAUUUAAAAUGGGCAAAAAACACAAGCCUAAGAAGCAUAAAUCUAAAGGAUAUGAUGAUGAUUACGAAGAUGAGCGUGAAGGGGUAGAGAAAGAGUCUCUCAAGAUUGUAUUAAAGGUGGGAGGAGCAGAUGCGGGGUCAGAUGUCUCGUAUUCCCAUGAUGAGAAGAAACACAAACAUAAAAAGAAGAAGAAAAAGAAGGAUAGGGACAGGCACAGGCAUGCUGAGACUGACUCUGUAAAGGAAGAAGUAGAAGAGAAGAAUGAAGACGAUGAAGAUUUCUCCGUAAGUCAGGGCGAGGAUGAAGAUACGUUUGAGCCGCCAGCUAAACGUGUGUUACUAGACAUAGACGACGAGAGUAACUCUAGUCAGGAUUUACAGCCACGACGUAGUGUGAGGCAAGUUGCCGAGAGUAAAGAGGAUGAGAAAGGAGUUCUUAGAGAAUGCCUGCUAUAUAUUCAGAAACAUUUGCAAAGGAAAGAUGUGAAUGGAUUCUUUGCAUUCCCAGUAAAUGAUGUGAUAGCUCCAGGUUACUCUAUAAUCAUCAAAGAACCGAUGGAUUUUAGUACAAUGUUAACAAAGAUAGAGAAUGAUACAUACGAUUCUAUAAUGGACUAUAAGAAUGACUAUGUAUUGAUGUGUAACAACGCAAUGACAUACAAUAGACCAGAGACUAUCUACUAUAAAGAAGCUAAGAGACUCUUACAAAGUGGACUUAAAAUGAUGAGCAAGGAGAAAUUACUGGUAAUGAGAAGAAGUCUAGGAUUUAUGUCUAGUAUAACAAUGGAAGAGAUAGGUAUAAAUCAAGAGGAUAAUACAGGUGCUGUGCUGGAAGAACUAAAUGCCAAGGAGAAAGAAUACGAAAUCACAGUCAAAAAUAGAGACAACAUUGGAAGGUUUGAAGCAUUCCCGGAUAACAUGACACCAGAUGAAAUACUUGCCCAAGCUCAAUCAAUGGCCCAGGAUGCUAGAGAUAUGCUAGCAUGGAAGAAACCAAAAACUAAGUUGAGUUUCCUGCGGAAGAGAGAUGAUGGUACAACAUCUAUGACAGUGAUAAAUCCAGAUAAUGAUGGAAUAGUGGGAGAGAAUGAGAGAAUUAUUUCCCUUGGUGCUGUGACAGGAAAGUUGACCUCUGGUACAGGCAGUAUAGCUGGAUUUAAAGAAGACAAACGGAACAAAGCCAACCAAU